UCCUAACUUCCUCAAAAACAAAAACACAGAGCGAUCAGCUGACAGUGAGUGCAGUAGUAGAAAGUUCUGAUAUACAGUAGUACAUUUUAGAUAUUGACAUGUUGCUUUGUCUCUUAAUGUCCUUAUAACCACAGCGAGAGAAAACUGAGGAAAGUUAACAGGAAGUGGCAUCUGGAAGUGCUCAGAAGUGAGUGGAAGAAGUCGUCUCCCAGCAACAACAAAAAAGUGAAAUAUGGGCAGUGAGUACCAACCACUGACUUCAGCAGAGUCAUGCAGAAAAUUAUUCAUAGAGACAUCAGAGUGCUUUAUAUGCAGGGAUGUUGAACUUCAAGCCAGUGACCCACUGAGGAAUUUCUGUAACUGCAAGAAUUUACUUGCCCAUCACGUGUGCCUGUCCACGUGGAUCCAGAAGGGAUUUGGGAGUGAAGACAGGCUGCGCUGCAUUAUCUGCAAAACCAAGUACCAGCUCCAGAGGAGUUCUCCAUGGCGGUCGCUGAGCUUCCAGUGGCAAACGUGGCUAGCGGUGAUCGCUGCGUGUGUUCUGCUGGCUCUGGUACCUUAUGUUGUUUACUGCAUGAUGACCACCUUCACCAACCCUCCUCCUCCCAACACCUUUAAAGUGGCAGCAGUCUCUUUUGGUCUGCUGACAGAGAUCCUCCUAAUCAAGUGUCUGUCCAGCUACAUCUGCAGUCGUUACCGGCAGGCUGAGCAGAGCUCCUUCACAGUCCGGCCCAGAGGCUUUGACGGGGACAGAACGAGUCCGGGCCGCUGGGAUCAGUCUGCAGCCCCGGCGGCAGCAGGCCACGCUUCAUCGACGGCCUCACCCAGUCAAGUGGAUGCAAGGAAAGGGGAUAUGUUGAAGAGUGAAUGUCUCAGCUUUUUCUGAACCACUAACAUAAUGAGUUUACAGAAUACAGGGUCAUAGUAAAUCCUAUGGGUAUUAGCCGUUCAAGAUAUCGCAGCAGUUUAUCAGCGUGGCAUUAAUGAGAUCUUACACUUUAAACCCUGUUCCCGAGGUUUCAAAUAUUCUGGUGUCAAACCCUUACACUCUUUAUUCAGUGGGUAUAUUCUCACAUAUUGCAAAUUGAUCAUAAGGAAGCUAAUGCACGCAGCUUGCAUGUUCAGGCUCCGGGAGAGAAAAAAAAAGCCUGGAAUCACUCUCUUUCCUUAAUGAUGUCCACACAGAGACAAUGGGGCGCCGCUCUGAUUAGUGUCACCUGUCCUUGUGCAUCUCAUCAGCUCCAUUAUGGCUCCAUUUCCCAUGCUUCUUCUGCUAAUUGAAUACCCUGUGAAGUGGUGACGAGGAUGGGGGCGAGAGCAACGUCUGUUCCGCUGCUGCUUCAGAAAUGAGAGUGAAGCUUCCCAGUGAGACACCACUGUGGUUCUUAAAACAUAAAACCAUUAUCAUACAGAUGGAAAAAGUGCCCUGAUGCUAUAUUUCCUUCAUAUCGUCUACGGAUUUAUAUAUAACAGCUUUCAAUUAGCUAUAACUAAUAUCUGUCCGUUAAAUAUACUGUAAGGCUACAGCCAGCAGCUGGUUAGCUUAGCUUAGCUGAAGUCACCUGUCGUUUUUUUGUUUUAUGUGGAUCAACGUAUAUUCACCUGCAGUGACUGGCUUUUUGCAGUGUUGACAGGGAAUUCUCAGAGAAAAAUAAGAUUGAAGUUAAACAGGUAGCACGAGACAAGCAUGAGUAGGCUUAAAUUCACUAAUGGGGGUGGCCUGAAAGACGGAAGAAUGCUCUGUCAGUAACAGUCACUCCUUUUCUAAUGAGCUAAAUGUUUAUUACAGUAGUUAUGACUGUGUGGUGCCGGUGUGUGACUGAGUGAAGCCAAAAAAAAGGCCACUGGCCCGGAUGGACUACAUGUCCUUAAAGACCCAAUUAAAAGGAGUCUUUACAAGGUCCUUCCUGUACUAUUCCAGUAUUUGUUAAACACAUGUACAGUGCAAAACUAUCAAUCAUUAAGUUUGUUCCCAAAAAAGCCAAUGUGUGUAUGGUGAAUGACCAUACACGCCAUCAGUUCCGUGCUAGUCAUCUAACUUCCUCUGUGGUACAGAUGCCGCACUGCUAUGUUAAAUAUCACUAGGCUAUGUUUUAUUUGAUUUUGUUCAGCUUUUUAACUCUGAACUAUGAAGACACGUCUUUUUACAAAGACUCACUGAUCUUGGGGUCAAUAGUGACUUCUUUCUGACGGACCACGGAGAGUCUCCGUCGGUGGAACAAUGUCUGACUUGCUAACUGUUGGUACAGGUGCUCCUGAAGGAUGUGUUCUUUCUCCUGUACUGUUCUCCCUGUUGACAAAUGAAUUGAAGAUGACAUAGCUUUAAUUAGGGCCCGACCCCAAACGUGCCAGAGAACCAUGAAAUUUGGUGGGAGCAUUGUAAAAUAUUUUUUCCCCUCCUAACAGGAAGUCAGCCAUGUUGUAUUUUGUGCGUUGAUUUUCAUUUCAAGAACACAUGUUUGAGGACUUUAGGAGUCACAAAAACACACCCAUGUUCAAUCUCUGGGUCAGUCUGGUGUACAAUAGAGGUUUCACGGAAUCGUCGACUAUUUGAAUAUUCGACCAUCAAAACUACUAAUCGAUGCGGCGCAUUAUUGUCAGAUAUUCGUUCAUCUCUGGUUUUAACAUGGUGCAGUAAUGAAGUAGUGGCAAGUAAUGGCAGAUACAUUAUGCAUGUAAUUACAUCAGAUAUGCAGAAGUGGCGGUGUGGGUUAACAAGUCAUAGUUGGUGCAAGGCGGUAAACUUGUGUAAAGGUCUCGCACGAAAGUUUGUGCGAGAGUUCAACUAAGUGUUUCUAUUGGCAGCAGCCUUGCAGUGACUGUUAUAUCGUUGCUCGAACAGCAGUGGAUAACAACAAAUUAUGUGAAAGCUUCCGUUUUGUGUAUAAAUAUGAAGUUGUCACUUAUAUGGCGAUAUCCGAAUCUGCGUUCCAACGCUGUGACAAACGUCUGAAUGAAGCAUUAAGUUGUUAACUUUUACUCAUUUAGCGGCUGGCUUGCUAAUUCCACCAUGCUGGUUACAGAAAAUGAUCCAAACAGCAGGCUGGUGGCCAGUGGCAGCGCUGGAUCUAACAGUCUCUCCGGCGCUACAAGACUACUUCAACAGGAGGAGAUCAGAGAUACCUUUCGCUCUUCUCCCGGGGUAGUCGGCCAGCAGCGGGGGGCACCACGGGGUGCGCUAGCUAGCUAAUUCUUGUCUAAUUUGUGGUCUCCUUAACAGUAAAUCCCUCUGAUUACAACAAGAACGUGGCAUCAUAUUUACACAAGACGGAUCCUUACAACCCAUUAGACAAUUUUUUAAUGCUAUCCAAGAGUGCAAAAUGAGGAUAAUAAAUGGCCUGUAGCGAGAUUGCAUAUAUAUUUGACUAUUUGUCGACUUUUGGGGAGUUGUUGAUGACUACUACUAUCUAUUUUUUUGAGCUGUUGUUUUUCUCAUUUGUACUUUCACACUGAACGCGAAUAUUACGCGGCGAUAAAGCAACGUAAUUCUUUUUCGAAACAACACACCGCAAAUAAAGACAUCAACCAAUCAUGUUGUGUUGUUUACUUAUGAGGAUUGACGAGACACAUUUUCCAUAAAAGCCCUAAACAUAUAACCUACACUGCAUACUGUUUACCAGAGGGAAUUAAAUUCACUCAGAGUUAUUUGCUCAAAAGCAGGUUUAGCUUUUCCUGCUUUGGCAUCCCGACCAUGGUUGGACAGCACAGUGGGAGACAGGGCUAACGUUAACCCCUGUCACUCUACUCAGCACCCGGAGAAACAAGACAUGGUUUUGAUGAGCUGCCGCAUUUCUUUGUGCUCAAACUGCAGACUCUAGCUACUGUCCAUUCAUUUGAUAUUUUUACCGUAAAACGUUAUCUCCACUGCUCUGAUCACCCUCUCUCGUCUGCUCACACCGCAUCUCCCGUCACUUUCUCUCUCGCUUCCAAGAAGGAACUUAAACUGUUCCACUGACAUGGUAGAUAAGCUGGGGCAAAUACUCGAAACGUUUAUUGAAAACUGUCGCAAAUUUGCAUCGCUGCUGGUAUGAAUAGCUUUAAUGCAAAAUAUUUACAGCCCAAUUGUCAUUUCUCUGUUGUUUAUUCGUCACGCCCCCGGUAUGUAACGGCCUUAAAUCGUUUUUCUUUCUUUGGGCCUAUUUUCAGUUUUGGAUUAAUACACAUUUGGUGCUCUAGUGCAAUGGUUCCCAACCUUUUUGGUCUGAGGUACCACACAGCCCUGUCAGAUGAAAUUGCCUAACCCGUCAUCGAUUCCCAAUGUAUGUACCAAAUGUAUAACACUAUUCAUUGUAUAAAAGUGAAUAUUGUUAAUUUUUUAUACAAUUGAAAUGUCAUAAGGUUGGUUUGGUCAGCAAUCAUACUAAUACAAGGCUACCACUACUUGGAGUGAAGCUGAAUGUUUCAACAAUAUAUGUAUUACUUUUAGCUAACUAUUUCAACCGUUAGCUAACUAUUUAAAUUUUUAGCUUACUAUUUCAACCUUUAGCUAACUAUUUUAACUUUUAGCUAACUGUUUCUUCAUAAUCAUUCAAACUGUUUUUAAUUCUAGCUAGUUAUUUCUAACAUUUAUUCAUUACUUUUAGGUAAACUUCAGGGCUGCAACAUGUAGUGUUCAGGUGUUACAGUUGACUUCAUGUUAAUAUGUGGAUAUAUUUUUCCAAUCAAAGCAUCAUUUCUAUUUUAUUCAAAUUAGUUGAACUACUGUACGAUAUUUCCACGUACCCCCUGGCAACUGCAGAAGUACCUCCUGGGUUGAGAGCCACUGCUCUAGUGAGUAUUUGGGGCAGCAGGACAGUGUAUGAGGGGUUGAGUCACACCCCCCAGGAAAAAUAAAGAGUUUUGAAUUGAAUUGAAACAUAAGAGAUCAAACCACAUCAUCUACACCAUUCGGUAAAUGUUCAUGUCCCCCAGUUUGUACCACAGGCUUUAUGUUAUUAGUUUGUAGUCUACAGGGCCAAACAGAGACCACUCUGAUGACAUCAUCUAAAUAACCCUGAUGACAUAAUCUGGGUUAUGUGCUCCCCCAGAGGACAUUAUACAACUGUUGUAACUUGAAUGCAUGUUUGCUAUAAAUGUACUGUAAAUGAUUACUCCUUUAUAAAUGUAGGAAAUAUGAAAUAAUGAUGUUAAAUAACUGAA